GGGACCGAUCUGAGCUGCGUUUCCCAAAAGCAUCGUAGUACCACUGCCACUCACGAUGCUUUUAGGAAACGCUGCUCACAAAAUAAUUCUUAUUUCUAUUUAUGUAGCUAAAUAAAUAGACAUGAAAUAUAUGAUUUUUUCUUUUCAGGGUUGGAGCUAAACUCUGCAGGACAGCGGCACUCCUGGACCGACGUUGCCUUCUGUCCUGAUUCAUACUUUUUUAAAAGAACCACCCACUCCCGCUUGGAAACCAAUCAAAUGUUUAAACAUUUUUUAGCGCCAUCAUCAAUAUCCCGCCCCCUCAUCGUGCGACCUCGUGCAUCAUCAUCAAAGUCGUCAAUCAUCAGAAUACCCAAUCCAAAUGCCAGGUUCAACUUUACGCCAGUGUCCACAUUGCCGGAUCAGGAUGAACUGCCGACACCGGUCCUGUGUUAAGUGUGGAAAAUUGCUUGAUUUUAAAUAUAAGCAAUCAGUGCGUUUGGCAAAAUUUCGUGACCAGGCCCAUCAGUGGGCUAAAACAACAGUUAAGUCACGGAAUCAAUCAAAAGUCUUUGACAAUUUAGCCAUCAUGAUGGAAAAACUUAAAGUGCUGGGAUACGUUCCUCUUCUGCUACUGGGGAAGUGUUCAAAGGCCCAUAGGUGGACAGCGGAGGUCCAGUGUCCCUUUGAGUUCCCACCUGAGGGACAUAAGGUGAUGGAAAAAAUGCUCAUACUCUUUGAGCAUAUUUUACAAGGUUUUGGUCCAGAAAAAGAACAAGAGGUCACAGAAGGUAAUGAAGCAGAAAGGCAGGACUUGAAAGAGACUGUAGAAGAUGAAGAGGACAUUACACUGGAGAACAAUGUAGAAGUGGAAAGACUGGAGGAUGAAGAGCAGAUCGAAGAACAACAGAUAGAAAGUGGGGAGGAAGAACCAGAGAGGCCUGUUGAGGAACAGAGUUUCAAAAGUCCAGAAAAAGAACAAGAGGACACAGAGGGUGAUAGGACAGAGAGUCAGGACAUAAACGAGGCUGUAGAAGAUGAAGAGAACAUUUUAUCAGAGAACAAUGUAGAAUUGAGGAUGAAGGAAAGAUUGGAGGAUGAAGAGCAGAUCGAAGAACAACAGACAGAAAGUGGGGGGGAAGAACCAGAUAGGCCUGUUAAUGAAGAAGGGGAAAUGAAAGUGACAAAAAAGACUAAACAGGCAAAGGAGAUGAAGAAACAGGCAGAGAAACAAAAGAUUAGUGCACUUAAGAUGGAUGAAAUGGAUGAAAGAAAAGAGAUAGAGGGAGUCGUAUUAAAACCAGAUUGCAAAUCAGCUGUCAACAUGGCAGCCAAAAGAAAGCGCCAAAAAAAUACAGACACAGAAUGUCCAUUCCAUGCGUCUCUGGAUGUAUUUCCAGUGGAAUUUGUAUCUAAGACACGUCUCAGAAAGGGACGUAAGGAAGUGCUGGUGCAUUGGUUGCCAUGUCCAUCCUGUAGGAAGACAUGGCCACCCACCUGGCAGCCUGAAGAUCAUGUCCAAAUUACACUUACUCAAUGCUAAUUACAUUACUGGUACAUUAUGACCGUUUUUUUGUUUGUUUGUUUUUGAGCCACUGUUAUAGUGGACAAAUAAAGGUUUGUGUUUUCA